AUGCCAGGCAAGAGGCAGCUGCGAACCCCACUCUCCCAAUCAACCAUACCGGGCCCCACCAAUGCGCCGGUUGCGAGGACGCCGCCACCAGCAUUUGGCGCGUUGUUGCCCAUGUCUCCAGGCUUGCCACCAAUCCUUCCCUCCUAUCCUUUCAAUACGCGCCCCAUGAACCACCUCGAGCUGGUCGAUAUGCAUAGCAGAACUGGGGUAUGGGGUGAAUGGGCGGAUCCAGCAACUUACAUGCCCGGCGAAAACCUCAUGACAGCUACACCAAGGGGUCAAGGCACGUUGCGCGGGUCGUGGAGGAGAACCGGUAUGAGAGGGGUCACCCCUCGAGGGUGUGGUGGUGGGCGUGGUAGAAGUGGUUCUGAAAGCCAACUGCCCACCAGAGGGUGGACCACUCAAGGGGCGCGUGGUGCCCUGCCCUCUCGUCCACCUCAGCUGGUCUACGCCGCCCCUGCCCACCAUCCCACUAUCGGCCCAUCCACCCCAACGACAUCCACGCCGGUUGGGAGAGGGAAUACUCCCUCUACACCUGCCACUCCGCGCCCAGGUCCUUCUCUUUCUGGUCCUUCUACUUCCUCAUCCGGUCCCAAAGCAAAAAACGCGCCGGUUGUACCUCACACGCCUAGCACCAUUUCUGCCACCCCUAUGCCCGCUACUGCCACUGUGAAGCUUUGUCCCACUUUUUCUCUCUUUUCUCCCUCACCCACUCCUGGUCCCAGAGCGGUGCCAUCAUCUUCUACGGCAGCCCCCGUACAAGACACGCCCCUGGCUCCAACCACUCCUAUGACUCUGACGACUCCUAUGACCCCGGCCGCCACACAGCCUGCUAAUGCGGGGUUGGCUCAUACUGGAACCUUUUCUCUGUUUUCCCCUUCUACUUCCAAUCCGCGCAAUGAGUCUUCUUCUGCCCUUGCUAUACGACCCUUUGCUCCUCGAAACGCGCCGGUUGGGAGUACCCCAGACUGUGAAUGGUCUACAUCGCUCAGCACGCACCUUGGUGACAGCAAGGACAGUGAGGAUGAUCCCAACCCCCCUCCUCCCCCCCUCGGUUUCCACUGGCAAGCCGGCUCUGCUCAUCACGUCCUGGCUCCCACCCAACGGGCGCUGCUUGCCCAGCAAGACACAGUCAUCGCAGUGCAGUCGGUCAUGAUAUGUCAAGAAGAGGAACGCGUGCGGGAUACCCAAAAGGAGCUGGUCCACUCCAAGAACGUCAAUGCCGCUCUCCCGUACGAGAAUGCACGUCUCCGCCAAAAGGCGCAGGCUGAGGAAGAGGAACUGGAGGGGCUGCGAGCGAUGAGGAGGUGGAUCAAAGGGAAAGGGAGGGAAGGGGAGGAGGAGAAAUAG